AUGAUCCAUUCGGAAAUCGUUGGGAACGAGGAGGUGGCGUCGACUGCCGACUGCCCUCGAGUCACUCCCGUGCAGGAGAGAAGGAGCGGCGCCUACUUGACGAAGUAUGAGAUAGCGCGCAUUCUUGGGGAAAGGGCACGACAAAUUGUGAAUGGCACCUCCAUGCUUCUGCACAGCAGAAGUAAUGCGACUGAGCGAAGCGCUCUAGAGUUGGCGGAGCGCUGUGCCGACCCUUACUCCCUCUCGGUGGACCCUGUCUUCAUUGCAAAGGUUGAUUUGCUGCAGGGGAGAAUACCAAUGAUUGUUCGCCGGACGUGGCCCGAUGGAUGGACGGAGAAUAUCCCUGUUUCUGAGUUGCUGGUUGAUAAGGCCAUGCUUAACAUGCAGAAUUAA